UACAGCGCGAGGAGCUGCUGCGGGACUUCACGCGCUGCGCUGCGGGAUGCGGGGGCUUAGCGCGCGGAGCGGCGCGCGCUGGAAUUAACAGCACGGCACGAUACCGAAGAGAGAAAAUGCUGGCCAGGAUUCUUCUCCUUUGUUCCUUCUUCGCCGGCGCCAAGUUGCAGGAUGUCGAGGGCUUCAAGGCAUCGUACAAGGGAGCUUGUGAAGCGUUGUGCCUUUGCGAAGAAAAGGACGGGGUUUUGUACGUGAACUGCGAGGAACGCGGCAUCACCAGAAUCUCGGAUGUGAAGGUGCCGCCGGACCGACCUUUCCACCUGAAUCUGUACAAAAACAACCUAGUGGAGCUCCUGCCGGAGGACAUGGAACCCUUCAAGAACGCUGUCACUUUGCAUCUCGGCGCCAACAGCAUACAAGAGCUGGAGCCGGGGGUGUUCAGCGCGCUGGGCUCCCUGAAGAAGUUGCACAUCAACAGCAAUUUCCUGGUCAUGUUGAAGGAGGACACUUUUCACGGCUUGGUGAACUUGGAGUACCUCCAGGCCGACACGAACUUCAUCCGGGUCGUGGAGCCUGGGGCCUUCAGCAAACUCGUCCGUCUCAAGGUCCUGAUCCUCAACGACAACUCCAUCGAGUUCCUCCCGAACAACAUCUUCCGCUUUGUGCCUCUGACGCACUUGGACCUGCGAGGGAACAAGCUCCAAACGCUUCCCUACGUGGGCUUCCUUGAGCACAUCGGACGCAUCAUCGAGCUCCUGCUGGAGGACAACGACUGGGUCUGCGACUGCCAGAUCCUGCACUUAAAGAUCUGGAUCGAGAACAUGCGAGCCCAGUCGUCCAUCGGUGAGGUGGUUUGCAGCAGUCCCCAUCACCUCAGGGGGAGUACCCUGGCCAAGGUCAAGAGGGACGUACUUUGUCCCUCGCAUGCAGACAUCAACCUCGAGGAACCGUCCAAGUCCCUGGACAUGGUGGUCACCCCUUCCACAAAGGUCAUGCAGAUUCCAGAUGCCAGAGACGACGCAAAGAUCCCAACACCUGCCCACAUCCCAAAGACAGCCUGUGUUGCACACUGCUCUUGUCACAACCAUCCCAGUGCGGGGUUCCUGAUCCACUGUGAGGACAGAGGCAUUCAGAGGAUAUCGGAUUUAGGAAUACUCCAGCAGAGUCCCAGUAAGCUUGUUUUAACUGGGAACAUGAUCCAGAGACUCCUGAAGUACGAUUUUGUCACCUUCGACAGUUUGGAAUUGCUGAACCUCGCCAACAAUCAAAUCGACUACAUCGACAACGAGACGUUCUUGAGUUUGAGCAACCUUAAAAAGCUUUACCUGAAUGGAAAUAGGAUUGAGAAAAUCACAGCGACCAUGUUUCUGGGUCUCCACAAUCUGGAAUACUUGUACCUGGAAUACAACAUCAUCAAGGAAAUAGAGGCGGGGUCGUUCAACCCCUUGACCAACCUCAAGCUCCUGUUUUUGAACAACAACCAUCUCAACGCUCUUCCGGCGCAAAUAUUCCGAAACGUGCCCUUGACCAAGCUGAACCUGAGAAAGAACCUGUUCAUGCACCUGCCGGUCAGCAAUGUCUUGGACCAGCUGGACUUUCUGGAGCAGAUUUAUCUUGAGGACAACCCUUGGGACUGUACCUGCGACCUGGUGGGUCUUAAGCAAUGGGCGGAAAAGCUGAGGAAGGACACACUGGUGGGUACCAUCUUGUGCCACAGUCCUAGGAAGGUGGCAAAUGCAGAGAUCAGGAGCUUAAGACAUGACCUCCUCUGCCCAGGUCUGGUCACCCAUGACUCUUUGGGGAACUCAGCUGAGUUUGGUGUCGCCACAACUGCAGCCCCUGACGGUGGAACCAGUGGCUUCUUUCGAUCCCUGACGGAGGCCGUCCCUCUCUCUGUCCUCAUUCUUUGCCUCCUAAUCCUGUUGCUAACUGUCAUCUUCUGCUCCGCCGGGAUCGUGGUCUUUGUCCUGCACCGGCGUCGCCGGCAGUCCAAGAAAAAGCAGGUUGAGGAACAGCCACGUGAAAGCAGCCCCAUCCACUUACAUUACAGCAUGUACGGCCAGAAGACGACGCACCACGUCGCCGAGAGGCACGCCACGGCCAUGUACGACGAAGCUUCCAGAAGUCCCAUCGUCCAGGUGUGCCGAAAUCCCAGCUACUGCUCUCAGCACAAAGAGUACGACACUGAGGAUUACGAGACGGAGAAACCCAACCACCUUUGCCACAGCAUCACGGACAAGGAGAACGGUUCUCCUUUAACGGGAUCCACUUUGAAAUACAGGGCCGUGAGCGAGUACCCUGCUGAGUUUGUGGCUCUGGGUGAUGCGAGCUCCUUGUACAAAAACAUCCUGGAGCGAGAGCGUGAGCUCCAGCAGCUCAGCAUCACGGAAUACCUCAGGAAAAACAUCUCGCAGCUACAGCCAGCCGUGGACAUGCAAGUCCCCGGGCACCACAAGGAGCUGAAACUGAUGGAGACGCUCAUGUACACCAGGCCGAGGAAGGUCAUGGUGGAACACCAGACUAAGAACGAGUACUUUGAGCUGAAAGCCAACUUGCACACUGAACCAGACUACCUGGAAGUGCUAGAGCAUCAGACAGCAUUCAAUUAGGACGUUAGGAUGCAUGAACUGCUGUUGUACUUUGGAGUCACGCUCCACAUUAGUGGUGCAUGGUUUGAAAGAUAGCUUAGAUAUAAAAGACGAUAUUCCACAAUAAAAAAGUGCCUUCACUAGUUUUUUUCGAGCUGUCUUUAGAGUUGUUACAAAACGAACUGAAUCAAAAAGCCAGACAGUAAGGUAAGAGGUAAGACACCUGCCUCUUAUCUUCGUUUACCUGGUUUACCAGGGGUCAGACAGGAUGGUUUAACAGGUUCUUGUAAAGAAAGAGGGACGUUUAGCCCUUUUGUAAUUCCACCGAGGGACGGGGGAAGGGAUGUUGUUACAGCAGGUAGACACAUCAGGUCUGGUAGGCGUUCUCCUUUUUCCGUUCUUUCUGCCAAGUCUUGCGACUCUUGAAAAUUUGCCAUAAGCGUCUUUCACGUGCCAUGUAGCGAAAACACAACUACUUUCUACUUACUUCCCACACCUGAAAUGUACGUCUAGCACUUUCUUUUUUUUAAUACGCACCACUUUUGUCCCCAUGCGACAGGUCUGUGAAUUCAUAUUUAUUUUUUUAUCGGUAUACCGGCGACACAAAAGCCACAAAAAUCCCAUAUAUAACAGUGAGCGGCAGCAGCGACAGUUACAACCCUCCCUGUCCGUGCCGUCGUUUCCUCCGUCGUUCAGAUAAGAUAAGCACUCGCAUCUCAUCACAGCCCACAGCUUUGAAGUCCCGUCUGCUGCAGAGUCGUAAUUUAACGAGAAAAAAAAAAUAGAAUUGCACUACUCCAAACGCCAUUUACGAAAAAAUAAAUAAAUAAAUAAAAAAGAUGGCACCCGACAAUCAAAGUACUGUGAGGAAGGCAGGCGGAUCUAUGGGUGGGAAAUUGUCCAUUUGAGAUACCUGGUGAGUGCAGCUACUGGUUGUUUUUUUUUUUUUAUUUCCAAUUUUUUUUUUUUCCAGAACUCUAUAACAGACUCUAUAUUUUCUCUCAGCAUGAUUCUUCUUAUGCAGGGUGUUUUAUCACAUCUUUGUUUGACGAAAAAAAAAAAAGUGAAAAAAGUUACAAAAAAAAACAACGUCAAAGCAAAGCUCAGCCUUGAAAUGUUUCACUGUACGUAAGAGCACCAUAGCUUUAUUUUGUACCGACGUAGAUCAGAUUUAUUUAUUCUGUAUGUAUAUAUAAUUAUAUUUGUACAUAAUUUUACAUUUAUAUAUGUCUGUGUGCCUUUUCAUGUGUUUAUGAUCGAUUGAUUGAUUGAUUGAUGGGCUGACUGUCUGAUUAAUUGAUUGAUCUCUGAGAUGUAAAUAAAGUUUAUAUUGAGUGUGUUACAAUAUACCGGCCACCUAAACUCUAAAUAUACAGUAAAUGUAACAUAAAUUAGCAGCAUUAACAGACGUCCAGCACUGGGUUUGUUUCUUUUAUAUAUCAUUUCAUAUCAUAUCAUAUUCCCUAUGCAGGUGCAAUUCCUUGGGACUGGUCAAUAAAGGAUUACUGUUUGAUCUCUAA